AUGCAUCUGUGUGCAGGACCCCAUGGCCCAAAGGAUGAUGUCAUCUGUGUGAGGACCGCCCUUAGCCCAAAGGAUGAUGCAUCUGUGGUUUGGUCCGUAGGGACAUCUGUGGAGGAACUUAGCCCAAAGGAUGAUGCCAUGCCUAUCUGUGUGAGGACCACCCUUAGCCCAAAGGAUGAUGCAUCUGUGCUAACAGGUCUGGAUGUCGGGCUAACAGGUCUGGAUGUCAGGCUAACAGGUCUGGAUGUCGGGCUAACAGGUCUGGAUGUCAGGCUAACAGGUCUGGAUGUCAGGCUAACAGGUCUGGAUGUCGGGCUAACAGGUCUGGAUGUCGGGCUAACAGGUCUGGAUGUCGGGCUAACAGGUCUGGAUGUCGGGCUAACAGGUCUGGAUGUCAGGCUAACAGGUCUGGAUGUCAGGCUAACGGGUCUGGAUGUUAGGCUAACGGGUCUGGAUGUCAGGCUAACAGGUCUGGAUGUCGGGCUAACAGGUCUGGAUGUCAGGCUAACAGGUCUGGAUGUCGGGCUAACAGGUCUGGAUGUCAGGCUAACAGGUCUGGAUGUCAGGCUAACAGGUCUGGAUGUCGGGCUAACAGGUCUGGAUGUCAGGCUAACAGGUCUGGAUGUCAGGCUAACAGGUCUGGAUGUCGGGCUAACAGGUCUGGAUGUCAGGCUAACAGGUCUGGAUGUCGGGCUAACAGGUCUGGAUGUCGGGCUAACAGGUCUGGAUGUCGGGCUAACAGGUCUGGAUGUCGGGCUAACAGGUCUGGAUGUCGGGCUAACAGGUCUGGAUGUCGGGCUAACAGGUCUGGAUGCCAGGCUAACAGGUCUGGAUGCCAGGCUAACAGGUCUGGAUGUCGGGCUAACAGGUCUGGAUGUCGGGCUAACAGAACUGCCAACAUGGUGA